GUAAAGAAGAUCCUUCCUCUCAGGGGCUUUCCCGCAGCAUUCGCCACGUCCAGACUGACACUGUGUAACCUGAAAAUUUUUAGACGCAAGAAAACGAAAUGCUCUGGAGAGCGUCCCAUAUGCUUCCAUUGCCGUCGAAACCGAGUCGCAUGCCUCUACGAACCCUACUCGGCGACCAUAGUGGCAGAGCCAAACCAACCAGUACAGCCACUACCGACAACGAACAAUUAUCAAGAUUCUAACAAUACAGAGCUUUUAAACCGAAUAAGUACCAUUGAAUCCCGACUUGCGGAGCUCAGCGAGCACUCAACACGGCGGAACGAGUUCGUUUCUCCUUCGCACAAAGAGGUGGUGAUAUGCUGA